GUCAGUUGCCAUGGGAACAGCAGGGGGCGGCAGCGAGCCGCCGCGCAGGACGUUACACGCUGAGCCGUGCUGGCCCAGCGCUUUUCUGGCGGGGCGGAGAGGGGAGGUGCCUCUUGCCGCGCAGCCAUGGCUCACGCGAACCCCGUGCCUAAACUCUACAGAUCUAUUAUUGAAGAUGUGAUUGAAGGUGUCUGGGAACUCUUUGUAGAAGAAGGUGUGGAGGAACAGGUCUUGAAAGACUUGAAGCAGGUUUGGGAAGCUAAGGUGACUCAGUCUAAAGCGACAGAAGGCUUCUUCAAACAUAGCCACUAUUCACCCCAGUUCACCUUGCAGUUGCCACACAACUUACAUCGCACACUACAGACAUCAACAGCUUCUUUAGUCAUCCCUGCUGGCAGAGGUAUUCAACAAUUCACAACAGCAGACCUGGAUGCUUCACGAACCAGUGCAACUUUGACUCUCCCUUCGGGUAUCGCUUAUCCUAUCCAUGUACCUGCUGGAGUAACGCUACAGACUGCAUCUGGGCACCUCUUUAAGGUAAAUAUGCCUGUUAUGGUUACACAGGCCCCAGGAGGUCCAAGUAUUCUGCAGCAUCCUAUUCAGCAAAUAUUUCAGCAGCUUGGGCAGCCUUCAGUACUGCAGGCCAGUAUUGCCACUGUUGCACAGGUGAAUGCGUCUUCUGUUCAGGCAACUGCUGAAAGACUACAAACCCAGGAAGCCCCACUCCAGCAGCCCACCGUACUACAACAAAGGGGAGUGGAAGCAAAACACUCAGAAAACUCUGCAAAUGCUACUCUAUUACAGCAACCUACUAGGAGUCAGCAGCAAGUUACAACUAAUACAAUUUUGAAUCAUCAGGCAAACUCAACAGAAAAAUUCCAAUACACCAACCUUCAAACAGCUGUGUUUACUUCAAAGUCCUCUGAAAUGGAUUCUACCACUGAACCAAUGGCAAGCGGUUCAUUCAGCAUAACUCGGAGUGUGCAAGACCAAUUAUCCACAGAGCUUCAAGAUUCAGUGCAGCAACAGGUGUCUGAUGAUAUCAUUGAGAUUAUUCUGGGUAAUGGCUUGGAUGCUAGUACCCUUCUAAAAGAGCAGGACAGCAUUUCUGUCACUGAAGAGAUGGAACCUACUGUACUGAUGGAAUCUGACAUACGGACAGAAAAGGAUAUCUGCAGUGACAUUGAAGGGAUCAUUCAGCUAGAUGGAAUUGAUGAUGUUUUUCCUAAGGAGGAAAUAGAAAGUACAAGAGAUGUGGAAGAAAAUGAAUUUAUUGGUAUUAUUGAUGCAGAGGAUCUGAAAGUGUUGGAGGAGGAGGAAGAUGAAGAAGGUGACAGUAUUUCAAAUGCUGAAUCCAGCGGGAGCAGUGAUACCGAAGAGCCCCAAAUAGACAUAAUUGAGGAGGAUCCUUUAAAUUCCGGUGAUGAUGUCAGUGAGCAGGACACACCAGACUUGUUUGACACAGAUAACGUUAUAGUUUGUCAGUAUGACAAGAUUCAUCGAAGUAAGAACAAAUGGAAGUUCUAUUUGAAAGAUGGAGUAAUGUGCUUCGGGGGUAAAGAUUAUGUGUUCGCAAAAGCCAUUGGAGAUGCGGAGUGGUAAAUCCUCACUGGAUAAGUGAGUGUAUCUCGUCUGCCUUUAGUCUGAAGCUAUCAGUGCAACCCAGAAUAUAUGGACAGAGGACCCUUGAGUUAACAAGACUUCAGCAUUGUUAUCAGUUGUUGCAUUUUCUUCAAAUAUGAUAUGUACCGAGGAGCAAUAAAUAGUCUCAUUUUAAAAAAAGUA